ACGCUCUCAAAAGGGCUCACUUCGCAAUUCAUCAUCCAGAGAAGACUUCGAGGGUAACAAUGCUUCCGUCUUUUGCGGAUCUCCUUCCUAUACCAGAAGAGCGUCUGCCGACCUACGUCGUGGCCGCGCUCGUGCUCUAUCUAUCUCUCCGUCCGCUCUUCAAUGUGGAUAGAGCGCUCGCCAAGAUCUGGCCGUCGCUGGUGCUUCUCUUCGCCUACUACCGCUACCGUCUGGCCGUCACUUUAUCGCCCACGAGUUUCUUCCUCCAGCUCUGGACGGCAGCACAGCAACGCGCCCCCGUCGUCGAGGCAGUCUUCAGUGACACGCUGGUGCUCGUGCUGACCGCAACUGCCUUCUCCACCGCUGUACAAACCGUCCGCCAUAUGCGCUACGUAUCUCGCAAGAAUCUGCUCAACGUGGUGGGCGGCGCGGUGCUUAAUGCGCUCAAGCAAUUGCCCAUCAUAUCCACCAAAGUAGCAGACGAGAUGCGCAAGAUCGAGGGCGAGGUGGAGCACUCGCUUAAGGGCAACGACCCACUCUCUGCCAAGAUGGAGAAGCUUCGCGCUUUGCCUGAUAAAGGGAUGGACGACAAUAAACUACUGGCAUUAAUGGAAGAUCUAGCAGGCAACAGCGACGACAAGUGGAGAGACGGACUCGUGUCUGGCGCUGUAUACCACGGCGAGAAAGAGCACCUGGACGUGCUAAACAAGGCGUAUGCGCUAUUCGCCGUAACUAAUCCGCUACACGCUGACUUGUGGCCGGCGGUGAAUAAGUUCGAGGCUGAGGUGAUUGCCAUGACUGCAGGAAUGAUGAACGGAGGUCACCCUGAGGUCUGUGGAACGCUCAGCUCUGGCGGCACGGAGAGCAUCUUCCUCGCGACCAAGACACACCGCGACUACUACCGUCACAAACACGGGAUUACCAACCCCGAGAUCAUUGCGUGUGUGACGGCACACGCUGCUAUUGACAAGGCCUGUGAGAUCCUGGGUAUUAGGCUCAUCAAGGUGCCGAUGGACCCCAAGACGCUCAAGGUGGACCUGAACGCGGUGCGCUGGAGCAUCUCGGCCAAUACGAUCAUGCUUUACAGUAGUGCACCAAACUUCCCUCACGGUAUGAUCGACGAUAUUGAAGCGCUUUCGAGGCUGGCGGUGCAGAACGACGUCGGUCUCCAUGUUGACUGCUGUCUGGGAGGAUUCGUGCUGCCAUUUGCGCGUCAAUUACGUAAGGACAUCCCGGUGUUCGACUUCGCACUGCCAGGCGUGACCAGUAUGUCGUGUGAUACACACAAGUACGGCUACGGCUCCAAGGGCACAUCUGUGGUGCUGUACAAGAACCCAGAGAUUCGACGAUUCCAGUACUUCUCGUACGCAGAUUGGACGGGUGGACUUUACGCGACGCCCACGCUUGCAGGCAGUCGUCCUGGUGCACUGAGCGCUGCGGCUUGGGCAUCCAUGGUGCGUCUUGGACGUGAAGGAUAUCUUGAGAAGACGAAGGGCAUCUUGGACACUGUGGACGAGAUUAAGGCUGGUAUCAAACGUAUCGAUGGCAUCCACUUACUGGGAGAUCCGAAGGCGAUGGUUGUGAGCUUUGCAGGUGACAAGGGUGUGAACGCACUCAAGGUCAGCGAUGCGAUGGCGAAGCACGGCUGGAGUCUCAGUCCGCUGCAGCAUCCAACGUCUGUGCACUUGUGUGUUACUGUUCGCCACAUUGGCAAGGCGAAGAAGUUCUUGAGUGCACUUGAAGAAGCUGUGAACCAAGUGAAGCAAGAUCCCAAUCCGUCACCCGAGGGUGGCAGUGCCAUUUAUGGUAUGGCCUCCAGCUUGCCAUCGGGACCCGUGGACGAUCUUCUUCGUAUCUACACCGACAUCACGUUGAAGGUCUAAGAGAUCAACAAUGGACUGUGAGGUGCACAUUUGUUUCGUUUAAUAUCAACAAGUUGCAGGUGUUUUAUUUUAUGAUAACGAUCUAUUUUAUCAGGUUAAUGGGGGUAAAUCCACGGCGAUUUUGUUCAGUUGCUGACCUGGAAAAAGCGGUUUGCGUAUCUUUGGCCCUGCCUUUGAUUUCGGUUUGUCAG